AUGUUUGCAGCCAUGAUUCGGGCCCUGGUUCUACUUCUAGUAAUUAUUAGUGUAACAUCGGCGCUAGUCGUACGCACAAAGAAGAUUACAGGCCUCGAUGAUCAUACUGUUGGCAACGUGCGCGCCAGAAUGCUCGACUUUAGCAAGAAGAGCUGGGAGCUCGGUUGUGCCACUCAGGCGCUCCUGGAACUCGAGAAUUCUGACAUAUCCGUGUAUGGCGAUAACCCAUUUCCUCCUGGAAGGGUUUUGGCGACCAAUUCCCCUAUUGUGGCGAUUUCGAGGCACGUUUUGGCGACGCGGCCGCCCAAGAUGUUGCCCCUCAUGGAGGAUGGCGCUACCGGAGAUCCAGCGAGCAUGGGCAUUGCCGUGUUACUCACUGGUCGGGCCCUCAAUAAUCGAACAUACGCCUCUGCUGUGGCCGAUCAGCUCGUCUUUCUCCUUGCUCAUGCACCACGAUCCCAUAGUGGUGCCAUCAGCCACCGCGUUGAGGAAGUUCAGCUCUGGAACGACUUUAUUUAUAUGGGUCCUCCAUUCAUUGCGUACAUGGGCGCGAUAGAGCGCAAUUACACGCUUCUUCUCGAAGCAAAGCGUCAAAUUGGACUGUAUAGGGAUGUAUUGAGGGAUCCAAGAUCCGGGUUGUGGCGACAUAUUGUUCUAGGCAGGUGGCAAGAGCCAAGUCUGUGGGGAACAGGUAUUCUUCGUCCUCAUUUUCACCUUCAUUUCUAUAUUGUAGCGCACUGGAUUGGAUGGACCGCGGCCGGUGCCGUUCGCGUCCUGCAAACGAUAGUCAAAUCAGACUUUGCACACGCACUCCAUAGCCAUUUAUGGGAACUCUAUGGAUGGACUAGUGAGCUCCUCACCGCGACAUGGAAGUAUCAGCAUCGCAAUGGUGCAUUCUCCAAUCACCCAACACGCAAGGCUAAUUACACAUUCCAUGAUUCCUCCUUUACAGCCCUUCUUGCGUCCGCGACAUAUCGUUUCGCAGUGCAAAGUGGCAACCUCACGUUGAUCCCCCGCGCCGACCGCGCAUUCGAGUAUGUCCAAUCUCAGAUCAAAUGGGACGGUACACUCCAGAACGUCGUCAACGUUACAUAUUGGAAUCAGAAGGGUAGAUACAGUCCAGAAGGUCAGGCAUUCGUCCUACUCAUGCAUUCGGCGAGACGGGACUUUGUUGAAUGGCAGAAUUCGGGCAAGCCGCCGCUUAUGAUGGGUAUCUAA